AUGGUCAUCUGCACUUCACUCUGGUCACAAGUGUCUGCAAAAAGCUGCGAGCCUGAUAAAUAUCAGCACUGCAAGCUUCGACCAGGUGGAGUCCACAGCUUAGACUGUUUUGGUAAAUCUAACAAACCACAUCUCCUCUGCACCUGGAAACCUGGAGAUGGGGCAUCAAAAAACACGUACACACUGACCCAGCAACAAAAAACCAGACCGCACUGCAAAGUUCAUGAAAACAUUUGUGAGUUCCAACACAAGAUCAAACCAUUUAAAGAUGACAACUUGACUGUGGAGGUUUUUGAGAACGAGGACUCGACAAAAUGCUCAAAAGCCACAUUCACAGGUUCACCCAAGAGCCUGUUUCGCUGUGGUCCUCCAAAGAAUGUGUUGUUCACCCGCCACUCCGGAGUACUCGACGUUCAAGUGAGCUGGCAGUCAGAGGACGAGAAGUUCGUCACCCGCUUUGGCGUGAAGUAUGGGCCGCCGGGCAGCUACCCCUGGGAUGAGUCAUCUGUGGAUUCUCAGAACGGAAACAGAUGCAGAGUGGAGAAUCUGAACUCAUCACUGGUGUACAUAGUACAGACACAUUGCGUCACCAAUGAUAAAUGCUUGCAGUGUCCAUGGAGCGAGGCGUACACUGUCCCGCCAGGUGACCGAUUCAUUUCUGCUGAGAUGCUUUCAUUUCCACCAAACCUCCUGUACGACGGCUACUGUGUGACUGUUGAGAAAUCAUCAGGAGAAGCCCAUGAGCGGUUUACCACAUCUCACCCCGGGAUUGAGCUGAUUCUGUCAUCUUCAGCUUAUCAGAUCAACAUCAGCGCUUUCAACAACGCAAGCACAUCUCCACCUGUGAGCUACACCAUACCAGAGGGUAGAGACAUGGCCGGUUCAAGAAAUGGGAGGCUGAAUGUGACAGUCCACGACAAUACGUCUUUUACCAUCUACUGGAAGCACGUCACAAAGUCUGUCUGUUAUUCUGUUGAGUGGAAGACACAUGGGAGUAGAGUACUGCACACCUCUUUUCAUCAGAAUAACAAGAGCUACAAAGUGAUAUCUCCUUUACCAGAGCCUCUGGAGCCUUAUCACAGAUACAGCAUCACUCUGCACACGCGAACAAACAAAGAUACCUGCAACAUGAAGCACAUCAACAAUAGCGAGCACACCUAUGGCAGUACACAGUUUUACUACAUCGAAGGACGGCCCAUCAGUGCUCCCACAAACAUCAGCUACCACAACAUGACAACUAAUUCAGUGGUUCUGCAGUGGUUGUCAAUCCCUCAGGAAGACAUCAGAGGGUUCCUGCUCGGUUACAUAAUCCACUACACCGAGCACCACCAAAGAGACACAAGUACAGAGAAUGAUGUAAUUUUGGGCCCACUGAUGAACAACUGUAAACUUCGUGACCUCAAAAGUGGAACACCAUACCAGGUCCAGAUAUCCGGUUUCACAUCUGCAGGAGCUGGAGUGAGAAGCGCCACAUUCCUCUUUAAAACAAAUCAUGAAGGAAAUUUGAAUCUCAGACGUCUCAUCACAGUCCUUGCAGUUAUAACCACUGUGCUGAUAUUUGGACCUCCAAUAAUAAAAAGAAUAAAAGUCGUCCUGUGGCCAAGCAUACCCAACCCAGGAAGCAGCAAUGCGGUGCAGAAAAUAGACUGGCCCUGUCAGCUGGAACUCAUUGAGGAAAUGACCAAUCUAAAGGUGGAAGAAUGGUACACGAAGAGUCUUCAGGUGCUUGAGAGAGAUGAAGUGAUCCCUGCGAGCACAUUACCAUCAAUCCUGCCACUUAUACGUGUCUCAGAGCUCGAAAGAGACUCGCAACUGACUUGUAACUGGAUCCAGAGUGAUGAAGACAGCACAGCAGGAGACACCUUACCCAACGAUAGCACGACAGCAUUCUUGGAGACACCACAGACGGACCUCCAAAGGCCUAAUUUUGCUCUUGCAAGCGACUACACAACAAUGGAGAUGUUCCAGCAACUGAUCCCGCGGGGCAUGUCGGCGGACAGAGCCGCUAUCCCGACCACAGAAGCAGAGGACCUGACCGCGGUUAAGAAAGCGCUGGACUACGUGAGACAUUUCAGCACCAGUGAAACCUCCGACAGCGAGCAGACUUUCAAUGUUUUAUGAUAAAAGUUGUCCUACGUCGUAUGAAUCACAACAGGAAGGGCUCGGUCUUGACCAGGGACUCAAGUUUGGACACUGUUACCAGUCAACACCGAAGACCCAUUCAGUCCCACAUAACAUGCUGCAA